UCCCGGGAAGGAGCCGCACAGAGCGCAGGCGGCAGCCCCGUCCUCACCUCAUCAGCCAUGCCGGCCGCUCAGGAGGUCGCAGCCCCCCGGGCCCCGGUGCGAGCCAACAGCAUCACCCUGAACGAAGCACCGAAGUCAGAAAACAGUAAACACAACGGACGCCCGGUGGUGAGGCUGCUGGUGACUGGCACUGACCUGGUGCAGAAAGAGGCCGUUCAAUUUAAACCCAUGGAUCUCGAUCGUGUAGUCAAAUUGUUUGAAGAUCCGUUCUCUAAAGACUUAAUUGAGAGACACGUGAAGGUUUUAAAGAAAGUCGCCAAACAUUACUGCAAUGGCAUUCUCCUGAGAGAUUUACCCCAAAUCAUGAAGAUAUUAAACAUCUCUGCCAAAAAGAUAGAAGACCAUAAAGAUUUCAUAGAUCCUGUGUGUGAGGUUGUCAAGUUAUUUGGCCUUCCUUUCCUAAAAGAGAAGGUGUCAGAUGAAGUCACCUAUGCGGAAACUGUUGCAGAGUCCCUAUCCCAGCUAGGAUGUCUGAUGCGGGUGCCAAGUUCUCAAGUCAGAAUACAGAUUUGCAGUUCAGUAGCCAAUUUUUACAACCCACAAUCUACCCGGCUGCCAAUGGAUGGUUUUCAACCAACAAAUGUCACCUACAAGUUACAGAUGGCUGAAGUGGGAGGCUUGGCAGAAACCCUCGUCUUAUCUCUGGCGGUGGUGGAGAACAACUUACAAGAAAAGUUAGCAUUGCUGAAAGUACUACAGCUCUCAUCAAGCACCACCGAGAACUGUAAGCUUAUGGCCAGAGCCCAGGCCGCCUGCAGAAUCUGUUCCCGUCUCAACGACUCAGAUCCCUCAGGACAACUUAUUUUCCGUUCCUCGGAGAUCCUGUGGAACCUACUGGAAAAUGGGCCAAAGGAAGAAGUCAUUAAUCAGCUCAGUAACAUAGAGUGCAUUUAUGCACUGAAAGAUUCUUUCGUACGUCUGCUCACAAAUGGCUCCAGACAUUCUGACCGACAGCUGAGAAAUGAUCUUCUGGUCAUUGCCACUCUGAUCGCAGAGAACAGUCGUCCUCCGAUGAUUGAAAGUGGAUUUGCUAAGCAGCUGAUCUUGUUUGCCACAUUCUCAGAAGUAAAGAGCCAUAACCCAUUAGUGAAAAACCUGAAACUUUUACAUAACCAUGAAGACUUUGAGAUGAAGAAACUGCUGUUCAACCUGGUGGUGGCGCUAUCUAAGGACCUGUCCGCAGUCCAGUUGCUCUGUGAUGGAAAGGUGGUCUUGGCCCUUUUUAACUAUGUCAAAGCGAAUGAAAAACAUGGAGUCCAUGACUGGCCAGCAGCCCGUUAUGAAGAUUUACAGCUACAGGCAAUCGCUACCUUGUCCUCGGUGGCUCCUCUGCUGGUGGAGGACUAUAUGACCUGUCAGGGAAACACACGCAUUCUUCUUUUCCUUGAAUGGUGCAGCAGCCAAGAUGCGUUCUUUGGUCAGGGCAACUGUUUCCAUGGCACAGGUGGUCGGGGUAACAAGCACGCUCAGAUGCGGUUCAGCCUGAGGCUCCUCAGGUCUAUGGUGUCCUUGGGGGAUGAAGCUGUGAAUCAAGAUCUGUGUGACCAGGGAGCAAUUAGUCAGCUGCUAGGAAUACUGAAGAAAGCAAUGGCGAGUGCUGCAGCAAAUGAUGACGCGCUCCUUUUGGAAAUCCAGUGUGAUCUCCUCUUCAUUCUGUCAUCAGUUUGUGAAAGCGAUGUGCACAGGAAGGAACUGUUUGGAUCAGAAGGGGUGGACCUGGUCCUGCAGCUUCUCAGAAUGGACCACACAAAGUUUUACAGCGGGUUGGGUCACAACAAGCUCAUUUUUUGUACUCUGGACUGUGUCUGGUCUUGUAUUGUCGGAUCCUUCUCCUCUGAGGACUACUUUCUUGAAAAGGGAGGCAUGUUCAUCGUUCUAGAUUUAUUAGCACUUAAUCUGAGGAGCAUGAAUAACCUGGUGCUGGGAAUCCUGGUAGAAUUCUGCGAUAAUCCCAAAACUCUGCCGCAUAUCACAACCUGGCGGGGGAAAAGAAAUGAGACGGCCCCGAAACUGCUGGUCCAGUUAUGGAAGCAAGAGGAAGAGGAGCUGGGCGUGAGAAGGGACAGCUACGGCCGCGUUGUCGAUUCAAAGAGACCACUGGUUGGACAACUGCAGGAAGAUCAGGAGGUCACCCCCAUGCCAGCCAGCAGCUUCAGCAUUGCUAUCAUGGAGGUGGCUGAAAAUACCCGAGCCAAAAUUUACUCCAUAUUUUCAAAACUUGGCUUUGAAAAUUUACCAGGUUUAUCUGCACUGGACUAUGUCGCGCUCAGUAUAAUAAGUAGAUAUCUCGAUUUUAAGGUGGGAGAAGUUUGGGCUGAAAUUCGCUCGGAAUUAAAAGCUGAAAAUAUCCGACCUGUCACCUCCGAUCAAGAAGCCUUGGAUGUCAUUGAAAGAGCGGCAGAAAAUAUCAGUAAACUCGUGGCCGCCCACCAAACGGAAAUGAUUGAGAAUCAUCAACAGAUGGAACUUCUGGAAGAACAGCAAAAAUAUACAGAGAUAAAAGUAAACCACAAGCAGCAAGAAAUAGUCAUGAAAUCCUGGGAUACUUUCCUGUCGAGGACAUCGAAUUACGAAGCUUUAAAGAAAGCCAAACGACUUCAGGAAAAGUCCAUUGAAUCGUCAAGACCUAAAGCAAGACCACAGAAUAUAACCAUCCACUCUACUCAGAUCCCUAACCUUAAUACUACGUAUGGAAACUUCAUAGACAACCUGAGGAUCCUGGUGAAGGGCGGCGCCGGCGGCAUGGGCCUUCCUCGGUUAAGCGGAGAAGGCGGGAAAGGAGGCGAUGUGUGGGUGGUGGCCAAAAAUGGCGUCACGAUGAGGAACCUAAGGAGCAAGUAUCCCCAGAAACGUGCUGUUGGCGGUGUGGGGAUUAAUAGCAGUGUUCGGGCUCUCAAAGGACUAUCCGGGUCCGAUUGUCUGGUGGAUGUUCCCAUUGGCAUUGCCGUUACCACUGAUGACGGCAUAAAAAUAGGUGAACUGGACAGAGAAGGAGACAAGCUGCGGGUGGCCAAAGGAGGUCAAGGUGGAGGUUACAGAACAGAUUUCUUUCCUUCCAAAGGCCAGAAGAGAAUAAUCCGCCUGGAUAUGAAACUGAUUGCAGACGUGGGGUUAGUUGGGUUUCCUAAUGCUGGCAAGUCCUCGUUAGUCAGCAAAGUGUCACACGCCAAACCAGAGAUCGCCGAUUAUCCAUUCACAACAGUGCAGCCUGAACUGGGAAAAAUCAUGUAUCCUGAUUUCAAGCAGAUUUCAGUGGCCGAUCUCCCCGGCUUAAUAGAAGGUGCACACAUCAACAGGGGCAUGGGCCACAAAUUCCUCAAGCAUGUGGAGAGAACAAAGCAGCUGCUGUUUGUGGUAGACAUUUCUGGAUUUCAGCUUUCCUAUAAGACUCCAUUCAGAACAGCCUUCGAAACAGUGCAGCUACUGACAUUGGAACUUGAAUUGUACAAAGAAGAACUGCUGGAUAAGCCUGCCUUGCUGGCUGUCAAUAAGAUGGAUCUGCCUGGUGCUGAAGACAAAUUCCAGGAGUUGGUGAAGCAGCUUGAGAAUCCAGAGGAUCAUUUACAUACGUUGCCAGAGCAAAUGGUCCCAGAACAACAGAUGAACUUCAAGCACAUUGUCCCAAUCUCUGUGGCUACAAACCAGGGAAUUCAAGACCUCAUCGGUUGCAUCCGCAGAUCAUUAGAUGAACAGGCCGAACUGGACAUCCAAGAAACCGCCAGAGAGAAGCUGCAGAGUCUUCACAUCUUACCUUCUCACAACGUCCCAUAUAAACAGAUGCUUCCUCCCCCAGAACACACCUUGGAUUGAAUCAUCCCCCAGAUGGACAAUAUUGUACAGUGUUUGUAAUUUCAAUAAAAUAUUUUGUACAGAAACA